AUGGUGCAGAAAUUCACAGGCCACUCCACAGCUGUGACAAGCCUGCACUUUGCCACCACACGUCCUCCUGAUAGCAACGGUCUCUAUUUCCUGUCUGGUGCCACGCAUGAUCGACUGCUCAGCGUAUGGCAAGUGCGAGUAGAUGGAAAGGACAAGAAUUCGGUGGUUUCCUUCACACUGACAGAUGAACCACAACACAUCGACCUUGUCACAUCCAACAGCAAGGAAGAGGCGGUGAGGCUAGCAGUGGUGUGUAAAGAUGGGCAGCUGCAUCUCUUUGAGCACUUUUUAAAUGGGCCUUGUAAGAAGCCCUUGUCACCUUCGUGUACAGUGCAGAUGUCAGAUACACAGGAUUCUCCUGCGCCGAUCCCCCUGCUGGCAGCCGCCCUCACGCCUGACCCUCAGAAUGUGCUGCUGGCCUACGGCAACCACCUGCAGCCUGUGAUGGAGAAAGUAGAUAUCAACACAGCAGAGAGACAUGUCUGUCUUAUCCGAGAUGUUCAGACCAGCUUGUGCCUUUCCAUUGAAACCACCAUUUCCAAGGUGAAAGUCCCAGUUGUCAGCGCUAAGAGCAGAGUGCUGGUCCCAGGGCUUCCUGGGCACCAAGCCCCACUUAAAGGAGCCUCACAGGCACCAGACAAGAGGAAAAAAGACACAGACACCAAAGAGAUGUCAAUAGCGGAGCGACUAGGUGAAGUCGAUCUGUCUGCAGUCCCCACUGUGAAGGGAGCUCCUAAAGGGAUGGCCUCUUUACAGACCGAUAAUUUUGCAGUGCUGCUUUUGCAGGGCUUGGAGAGCAAUGAUGCCAGUAUCCUAAAUAAAGUUUUUCAGACUCGCAAAGAGAUGGCGAUAAAGAAGACAGUUGCUCGGUUACCCCUCCCUGCUGUUUUACCAUUGGUAGAAGAGAUCACAAAGAGGCUCCAAGGGCACCCUUUCAUGGCAGCUCUAAUGGUACGGUGGCUUAAGGCUGUGCUUAUGCACCACACAUCAUACCUGGCAUCGCUGCCAGACCUGGUUACGCAGCUGGGAGUGCUUUAUAACAUGAUUGAGAGCAGAGUGAAGAUGUUCCACAAGCUAACAAAGCUACAUGGGAAACUGUAUCUCCUAAUGACACAGGUGGCAACAAAUGACAGCAGUAACUCAGUUACAGAUGUUGACCACACGGCUAAGCUCGUAUAUGAAGGGGAAUCAUCUGAUGAAGAUGAGGCCUCUGGUGAUGGAUGUCCUGACAGUGACUCUGAUAAUUGGGAGGAGGAGGGGAUAAUGGGGGAGAUGAUGGAAGAAGACCAUGAGGAAUGGGCAGAUGAAGACAAGGAUCCAGACAGAACAGAAUCCAAAACUAACGGAGAGGAAGACAUGGAGCACGAAAAUGAGAGUGAAGAAGAAUGAGACAUGCCAAUCACACACAAAAUGGACAUAAAAGUUAUAUAUAUGCAUUUUUUAUUUUCAUGCUUUUGAUUUUAUUGUCUGAACAAAGUAUUGUUUUACAAAAUCAAGGGGCACAUGUUGAAAAGUGACUUGCCACAUCUUGGUUCACCCACACGUCAUGCUUUUCCUGUUUGAGGAACAGAUGCAACAUUUUGGAGAGGGCAGCAAAACAUUUUACAAUUUGAAAUGGAUGAAAGUUAUCCUGCUGCCAGACCAGUCUGCAUCCCAGCUCUGUGCCUUGUGGAGUUUGCAAUGAAAAUGGCUGCAAAGGGGUGUAGUGGCCCUGUUUGUCUACAGUGCAGUCUGCAUUCCAAAUUUUCAUAUAUAAUGCGCAAUAUUAGAGUGUAUUGUCCACUGUAACAGUAGAUGAGACGGCACUCGGAUUGGGAUACUCUAACUCAGCCCUGUAGGUCCUAUGGAACACUCCUUGUUCUGCAGCAUAGCCCACAGAUGCAAAAUCAGCACAGGUGUGGCGUUGCAAUGUAGGACCGCCAGCUGUUUGUUGUGAAGAUACUGCUCAGUCCAGAGGUGGGUUUACCAGGCAAGGCCAUACGCUAUGUCCCCACACCAUGUAAAUCUGUAUGUACAGUGAAGUGUUUCGAUGAGCUCUUCCCUCUACAGCUAUCCCCCAGAAAUCCAUGGAAUUAAACUCCUGUAAAGUCUC